AUCAUACUUGCCAGGAGCAACUCCAUUCUAGUCACUGCCCUCCCUCUUGCCGCCAGUGACGUAUCUCCCGAGGAGCACCGGAGAGAACAUGCCGAACAUCAAGAUAUUCAGCGGGAGCUCCCACCAGGACUUGUCCCAGAAAAUCGCUGACCGGCUUGGACUAGAACUUGGGCGAGUGGUGACGAAAAAGUUCAGCAACCAGGAGACGUGUGUUGAGAUUGGAGAAAGCGUACGAGGAGAAGAUGUUUAUAUCGUUCAGAGUGGAUGCGGGGAGAUAAAUGACAAUUUAAUGGAACUUCUGAUAAUGAUAAACGCAUGCAAGAUAGCGUCCGCCUGUCGUGUCACUGCUGUUAUACCUUGCUUUCCAUAUGCACGGCAAGAUAAGAAAGAUAAGUCACGGGCUCCAAUUUCUGCUAAGCUUGUUGCUAAUAUGCUGUCUGUGGCUGGAGCUGACCAUAUCAUUACUAUGGACCUUCACGCCUCCCAGAUUCAGGGUUUCUUUGAUAUUCCUGUGGAUAAUUUAUAUGCUGAACCCGCUGUCUUGAAAUGGAUUCGUGAAAACAUCGCUGAAUGGAAAACCUGUACCAUAGUGUCACCAGAUGCUGGUGGUGCCAAGAGAGUUACAUCAAUUGCUGACCGACUGAAUGUUGACUUUGCUUUAAUUCACAAGGAAAGGAAAAAAGCCAAUGAAGUUGACCGCAUGGUUCUUGUGGGUGAUGUUAAAGAUAAAGUGGCAAUUCUUGUUGAUGACAUGGCAGACACCUGUGGAACCAUCUGUCAUGCGGCAGAUAAACUUUUAUCUGCUGGAGCCACCAAAGUGUAUGCAAUCUUAACUCAUGGUAUAUUUUCUGGCCCUGCUAUUUCUCGGAUUAAUAAUGCGUGUUUUGAAGCUGUGGUGGUGACUAAUACUAUACCUCAAGAGGAAAAAAUGAGACAUUGUCCAAAAAUUCAGGUCAUAGACAUCUCUAUGAUCUUGGCUGAAGCAAUUCGCCGGACACACAAUGGAGAGUCGGUCUCGUACCUGUUCAGCCAUGUUCCUUUAUAGCACCCUCACUAGCUGAUGUUUUCCUUCUCGAUGUUCCCUUAAGUACAUCUAACAGGGGCACAAUGUAAUCGGCUGAUAAUUUCAUCAUUUACCAUUCCUAAUUUACAAGCGUUUCCAUCUUGUGAAAGAAACGGGAAUGGUAUUCAUCGUGCGGGAAGAGGCCCACUUGCCAACUGUAGCUGUAUUUCAUUGGAAGGCAUGAAGAGUCCAUCCUUUAAUUUUAUUUGUGUUUUGUGUAUUUUAAUGAAGAACUUUGUUACAAAUUGCCACUUUGUGAAUGAAGACAGAAAGACGACUGUUUUGGUUUUCUUUACCCUGUUUUUGCUGGUUUUUCAUUUUUUUUUUUUUUUUUUUUUGUUCUUUUUUAAUAAAGAAAGCUCUUUCAGCUCUGCCACUGGUGACGUAUGACCUGGAUGCUAUCAAGAUGUCAUUUAUUUUCGCUUAUUGAGCAGCGAAAUGCUUUUCAAGACCAGCCAACCAACCAAUGUUAACAUCUUGUGGGAGGGGAUGGGGUAUAUUAUUGUUUACUAGGCCCUGUAAGUGACGAAGGAUCACUGAAUGCUGCUGUAUUACAUCACUCAGACUUUUUUUUUUUUUUUUUUAACUAAAGUCCAGUUUUUUGGCCUGUAUACAUUUCUUAUGUGGAUUAAA